AAAUCGUCUUAGAUUAUACAAUUGGAUAUUCGCACAUCAUUGUUACUUUGAAGCUUUCAUCGGAUACAGAUUCAAACAAUAUUGGACGUGUCGUCGGACAUAUUUUCUUAUUUUCUUUUACGACAGCAAUACAAAUAUUAACAUUAAAAAUGUCGUGGAUGGACCCUCCCCCUCCACCCAUCGAACACACGGAAAGCAUAACGUUGAGUAAAGAUCAAUUAAAAGUUUUAAGAAAGGCAUUUGACACAUUUGACACGGAGAAAAAAGGCAAAAUUACGUGCGCCAACAUCAAUAUUAUUUUAGAUAUGUUGGGCCAUGCUACCGACAGUGCAACUGUUAUGAACAUCGUAUCCGAAAUCGACCACCAAGGAACUGGUACAUUAUCCUUUGAUGACUUUUGUACGCUGGCAGCGAGAUUUAUGACCGAGGAGGAAGAAGACUCCGAAGCAAUCAAAACCGAACUCAGAGAAGCUUUUAGGCUAUACGACAAAGAAGGAAAUGGAUAUAUAACAACUGAAGUACUGAGAGAAAUAUUGUCUGAACUCGACAACAACAUGUCGGAUGAAGAACUGGAUCAGAUGAUCGAUGAAAUUGAUGCAGACGGAUCCGGUACCGUAGACUUUGACGAAUUCAUGGAAGUAAUGACUGGUUAAUGUGAAAAUUUCAUAAGAGUAAUCAAUACUAUACAAUCAAACAAAUACAGUACUUUGAAAAAGCAACGUUUUACAAUGUUUUCUUAUUUUUUUUUUUUUUUUUUUUUUAUGUACAUUUUUUCAAUUUGUAUAGACAAAUGUGUUAAAUACUUAACAAAAUACAGGAUCUCCGGCUG